AGUCUGAGUAUUCCGUCUAUAGCGUCGCGGCGCCUUUCAUCCGUCACUUUUUCGUCGAUUCAACUUUCUCGUGCGGAAAUUUCUAGGUCCUUUGAGCGUAGCGAUUCCAUGUAGAAUUCAGGCAACUCAUAAUUAUUCCUCAUGAGGAAUCCUCUCCAACAAGCACUUUCAACCCCAUAUGGUCAACUUUAAAAUCCACAUCCUAAUGACCAACAUAGAAAUGCCUACAGCUCCACCAGUUUCAUCUGGCGAUCCAGAGGAAGACGUCGCUUUCAAGGUUCUCAACCAGGACAAUCUUCCUAUUUCAGUGAUUGGAGAACCCAUUCUCAAACCCUUCGACAAGGACAGUCAGAAGCUCAAGCCUAACGUCAUAGUCCACCCCACGAGGAGGGUGGUAACGAAUCUCGAGGAGAACAAACGGAAGCCUUUUGCGAAGUCGAGUGGUCACUUGAGUAAUAAUGAUAAGAAUAAGAGGAAGAAUAUAAGUAGUUCGUAUGGGAAUUUGUACCACAAUGGGGGUGUCAAAUUGAAGAUCGAGGAUUUGAAUGAGGAUGUGAAUAAGUUCACGAAAACUUUAGACUGGAAACUGAAAAGACUGGAAAAAGAGGAGAACAAACAAAACAAGAAACCGACCCCAGAAACGACAACGUUAAAGAAGCCGUUCGUUACAACAGUAAAAAAAGGACAGUUCUUAGAGCCACCCCCGGAAAUAGCAUCCCUCAUCGGUAUAAAGGUAGAAGAUCAACCCUACAGAAAAAAACCGAAAGAAACGAAGCAACUGUACGCGUUUGCAAGUCGACCAAGAGUUCUUAGUAGAACUCCGCCUAAAAGUCUACACCAGACCAGAUGUGAUGCCGCAGCUAAGACUCAUGUCAAAAUUAUUGGAUCGAUAGUUGGGCUGAGUGACAUAGAUGAGACAUCGAACAAGACCAGGCAUUUACAUACCAUAGAAAAAAGGUCAACCGAUUUCACAUCGCAUAAUGAACAAGUAAGUGAAUCUUUCAAAGCAUGUUAUUAG